AAAUUCCAUAUGUUGCAUCUUACCAUUCAGCUAUAAAAAAUUUUACUUGCUUUUUGGAAUGAUUCUUUUGAAGCGAACUCUCCUUAAAUUCAUUUUAAAUCAAUUGAGUAUGUGUGAACAGACAUAUUUUUUCUUCGUCAGGUAGUAAAGACAAUUUGAUGUGACUUAAGACGACCAAAUCAUGACUGAAAAAUCAGCUGGGUGCAGAUAGACAGAUUGGUUAUCUGUUUCCAUCGAUUAUCGAAUCUAGACUUUUGAAAAAGUAUCAAGAUUGCAAACGUUCUGUACAUAAUAGCUCUUUGUUAGCUUUCUUCACAGCUCUUCAAGAACUCUUCAAAAACGUUCACUACAAAACACAGAGCCAAAAACUGACAAGAACGAAUCUUUGAAACAUUGUCACGUUGUUUGGAUUCUCAAAGCAUCGCACCGCCAAUCAUUACUUGUCAGCAAAAAUCAACAUCGAUACAUGAAAAGCAGCAAAAACGAUUUUACAAACAAAAUCAUGUCUUCGUUUCAUAUUGUAAAACCAGCAUCGACCAAAGUACUUAAAGACCACGCUUAACAUACCACUGUUGUACGUUUGAUAGAUUUUGAACGUAAAACUGGUAAAAAACUGUAAUUAUUUUUAACAACUGCUCGUAAAAGUAGCCAAAAAUCAGCGGCUUUGGACCUCCAAUACCUCUAUAUGGCAGAACCACGAAUAAACAGUGCAAAUUUGUUUAGCUCGUCUCAGAGCCAAGAAAGCAGUUUUGUUCAAAACGCAUUUAAUCAACAAAGCCAACACCAACACAUGCACCAUUCAUCGUUUGAAAGACAUGAUUCAGCUGUGAUUGAAAGUUUGUCACCUGAGCUCGAAGGAAAUGAAUCGUUUUUCAAAUUUCUGUCGGCCGUUAUCACAACUUUAAUCGUCAUUUUUUUCUCGCAUCUUUGGUAUAUCGAUAAAAAUGAAGAAUUUGACCGAGAAGAGGAAGCUCUAACCGAGGCGUUUUAUCAGUCAACUCGCGGAGUAGAGAAAAUAACAAAAGCUUGUAGAAAAUUCGAGAAGAAUCCGAGGAGGGCUAACAGAUCCCGCAAACAGAAGUUGUCAAACAGGCAUCGGAGUCCAGGAAGAUUCCGACACUUGAGUUGGUCGGAGAGCUCGUUGGAAAGCAUCGCUGAGUCGGAGGACGAGAAAUUGGCUGAGCAGGAACUCCUAUUGGACGAGUUUUUAACCAAUCAGAAGCUGCGUAGUGCCUCAGCCAAUCAAAUUGGAGAACACAAUCUGAAGUCGGAGCUAUACGCCGAAGAAAAAAUAUCUGCUAGCAGCACUCAUUUACGGCCUUACUCCUUCAGCAUCUGUUGAAGAAACCCUGAAAUCAGAAUUAACUCAAAGUGGUUAUCCGGAACCAUCCGAAAAGCCCAUGGAGAGAAAAUUACGUCAUAGUUAUGAUAACUUGACUGAUUAUAACUCUGAUAAAAAUGGGCCUCAAUUCAACGGGCUUCCGCCCGAUAGCGGCCGCGGGUCUGCAAACACUGACUUGAAUUUAAGUAGCCUUCAAAAUAAUAGUUUCAACUUAUCAACUGUGUCGGCAAAUUUUCAGCCCAACUCGUAUAAUGAUUUUAUUAACAGUCUAAAUAACACUUCUGUCUGUUCUACUAACGAACCUAAACAUAAUAACCUUUCUGAACGAACUCCAGUUAGUAGCAGACGGAAGGUUAUAACAUCAGGGACGCCCAGAAAAGUGAACGGUCUAAAAUCCACUCUACCAAAUCGACCAUUUCACCCAAAAGAUGGCUUCAAAAUUACCCAAAAUGGACAUAUCCUGAACGCGACGAUGGAAUCGGUUGCUUCUACCGACUUGGUUUCUAUGAACGACUCGACUCUUACUCAUGGCCGAAAGAAAGUCAUUCCGAAAGUGCUGAUAACAAACGAGCUUACAGAAGAAGAUAGAAGAAGAACUUCACUAGCCGAAGCUUAUCCCUACGUAAAAUCCGAGUCGUCGAAUAACGUCGUAAUUGCAAUUACAAAAGACGAAGAAACACGAGAAAGAAAGGCAAUUUCAAAAGCGUUGAACGACUUGCAAUCUCUCCACGAAGAUUUCGAAGUGCAAUCUCAGUCCAUAAAUGGAAAUGUCCGAAGCGCGAGAAGCCUGAACUGUUCGGUCGACCGACUGAUGCCCUCGGCUUCGCAAGAUGGCCUCUCGGCUAGCUUUAUUGCGUCGUCGGUUUCUUCGAACGAGAAAAUUUUCUUCGACGGGCUGACCAAGAACGAGUUACGGACGCAUAAAGACAUUUCAUUUCGUCGGAAAAAUUACGAGUCGAUGAGUUCGGAUGACAACUACAGUGUCUCGACACGUGAAAUGAUGGACGAAGUUUCGGACGUUGUCGUAAUGAUUAGAUGUCGGUUCAAGGCUUGUGGAAAAAUAAAGGAGUUGAAAGAAGCAAAGAAGUAUUACAAAAUGUGUCAUAACUGCUUUACUUAUUACUGUUCUCGGAAUUGUCGCGAAGCUCAUU